AUGUCAUUUGAAGAUCAAGGCUAUGGUUACAAUUCUGAAGAAUUGAAGACUCCACCUUCAAGUGGGGAUGAGGAGGUUGAAAGGGAAGUGUUUCCUAAGUUUAAUGAGGACCAGCCCUUUGGUUUAGUACAGCUCGAGCUUGGAAUGGAGUUUGCCAGUUUGGAGCACUUUAAACAAGGUGUCAAAGACUACAAUAUAAGUCUUGGGAGGCAGUUUGUAUGGCUUAAGAAUGACAAGGUAAGAUCAAGAGCCAAGUGCUCAAAUGCUGACUGUGAGUGGAUGAUAUAUUGUUCUUGGAGCAACAAAUUCAAUUGUUUCCAAGUCAAGACAUUCAAUGACAACCAUACCUGCUGCAGAAUUUUCAAAAAUAAAAGGGCCACCAGGGAUUGGGUUGCUGCAAAGUUGGAGAAAAGGCUGGUCACACAGCCCAAUAUGACAAGAGCCGAGGCUUAUGACCAUUUAAAGGAAGAGUACAAGGUCCAUGUUCAUCUGAAGAAAUUAGGGAAGGCACUACACAAGGCCAAACAAAACAUAGAAGGAAGUGAGAAGGAACAGUAUGGAAAGCUAAGGGACUACCUAGCUGAGCUUUUGAGGAGCAACCCUGGCUCCACUUGCCAGAUGCAAGUAAUUCCACAACCAGUCCCUAACAGCCCACCAAUUUUUAACAAACUGUAUGUCUGCCUUGAUGCCUGCAAGAAAGGAUUCAAAGCUGGUUGUAGACCAUUGAUUGGACUGGAUGGAUGUUUCUUGAAAGGUUACUAUGGGGGACAGCUAUUGAGUGCAGUGGGACAGGAUGCAAACAAGAGCUUUUAUGUCAUUGCUUUUGCAGUUGUUGACAGUGAGACCAAGGAAAAUUGGAAGUGGUUUCUGACCUUGCUACAAGAAGACAUUGGCAGUUGUGUAGUGCAUGGAUGGAACUUCAUAAGUGAUCAGCAAAAGGGUUUGAUACCAGCAUUACAGGAGGUCAUGCCUGGUGCCCAUCAUAGGUUCUGUGUGCAGCACGUGUGGAAGAAUUUUAUUAAGCAAUGGAAGGACAAAGCCAUUAGAGGAAUAGUAUGGGAGGCUGCACGAUGCACAACUGUGCCCCAAUUCCAAAGAACAAUGGAUAAAUUGAAGGAGUUGAAUGAAGAUGCUUGGGCAUACCUCAACAAGAUUCACCCCUCAUGCUGGGUUAAGGCAUAUUUUAGUCACUGGCCCAAGUGUGACAAUAUAACCAACAACAUGGCUGAGGUGUGGAAUGCAAAAAUUGUUGCAUAUAGGUCCAAGCCCAUUGUCAGCCUAUGUGAAGAACUGAGAUGCUAUAUCAUGAGGAGAAUGGCUACCCAUCAACGAAUUUUGGGUACUGUUAGGGGUAAAAUUGCCCCAGCUCAACAGAAAAAGCUGGAUCAAUUGAAGGUGUUAAGCAACUCCUGGACACCAACUUGGACAGGGAACUUGGAGCAAGACUUAUAUGAAGUGACUGCAAAGGGUGAAAGGGUUGGUGUCAAUCUUACAUACAAGACUUGUGCAUGUAAUGUCUGGCAGCUCACAGGAAUGCCAUGUGAGCAUGCAAUUGCUGCAAUAUGCCACAAGAAUGAACCAGCAGAGCUUUAUGUCCAUCAGUGGCUGACAGUGGAUGCUUUGCAUGCCACUUAUGCACAUACCUUGAACCCUGUAAAUUUGGAACAAUAUUGGCCUGCUUCAUAUGAGCCUAAACCCAUUCCUCCACCACUGAAAAGGCCUAUUGGCCGUCCCAAAAAGCAUAGGAAGAAGGAUGAACCUGAGGAGCAAGUGAGCAAAACAAAAAAAUUAAAGAGGGCACGUGCUGCAGUUUGUGGUAAAUGUGGGCAAUCUGGUCAUUAUGCAAAGACCUGUAAGGGACCAGCUACAAGCAAGAGAUGGAGGAUAGCAGCAGCACCUUCACAUGCAGUUAAUGUCAACAUAACAGCUCCACAUCAAGAGGAGAUCCCUCUGAGUCAAGGAGGACCUUCAAGGCAGUCCCAGGCACCUGAUGAAGCCAUGAGGGCCAACAGCCCACCACCUACAGCCACACCACCAGCAGAACAAUUGUCAACUGAAACUGUCAAUGCAACAAGCAGUGGCACAAGGAGCAGGCUUAUGGAAUUCAUGGCCACACCUGGGUUUAGGCCACCAAGACCAGCUUGA